UGACACUCGGUUUUUCCUUUUAUCAAUGUUGCAACCAGUCAGGCCUUUGUUUCGGGGUAUUCUUAUCUGUGGAAAUUCCCAGAGCUGAUGCAUUGAGUGGGCAGAACGAAAGAAGUAUUGAUGGCAGGUUUACUAGCUUCUCAUCGCUGUACCAUUUACGAUGUUGCAAGAAUCAGAGAGCGCAAGUCGGAGACGGAUGCUUGGAUAUUCUGCUGUUGCUGGUGGCUGAACGGGGAAAAGUGACAUAAUUAUGUUCAACGACGCAAUGGGCUUCACUGGAAAGACACGGAGAUCGUGGAUUGAAGAAAGCUUCUCCAAAAGAGACUGUGUGCAUUUUAUUCCUUCCACGCGGGAGCCACACCGAUGUGUUCCAAUAUGCCACGUUUGUCAAAACCUGAUCAGAUGCUGCUGUGGACGCCUAAUAGGGGAGCAUUCCUGGCAGUAUUCCUGCCCCCGGAUAUCUCUGGUUCCCGGACCUGGGCCGGAGGUGGAGGAGCACUGGUCCACAGAGUGCCACACCAUAGCCAGCCCCACCGAUUCCUAUGGCACCAUAGACUUCCAGGAUAGUGCCGCGCGGGUCUGUCGCGCAAAGUACGUCCGUGUGUCGGUGGACUCCAGAGCCGACGACGUUCUCCAGCUGAUGCUGAGCGAGUGGCAGAUGGACCGACCCAAGCUGCUGAUCUCCGUCCAAGGGGGCUCCGAGAACCUCAUCCUACCCCCCAAGGUCAGCCGGGCCUUCAGCAAGGGCCUGCUCACGGCCGCCCUCAGCACCGGUGCCUGGAUCCUCACCGACGGGAUCAACACCGGCGUCUCCAAGUACGUGGGCGAGGCCCAGAAGAAGUUUGGGAGCCACAACCUCAGGAAGAGGAACACGGUGGGGGUGACCCCCUGGGGGAUGAUCAACAACAACAACAAUGACCUCAUCGGCAGGGAUGUGCACCGGCCCUACCAGUCUCUGGGAAACCCUCUGAGCAAGAGAGACUGUCUGAACAACUUUCACUCCCACUUCCUACUGGUGGACGAUGGCACCAUAGGGAAGUAUGGGUGCCAGCACGGCUUUAGAAGGCGCCUGGAGAAGCACAUUCAACAGCAGAGGAUACACCCUCGCAUGAACCAGGGAGUGCCUGUGGUGUGUGUGGUGGUUGAAGGAGGUCCAGCCGUGGUCACCACAGUGUUGGACUACGUCAGCAGCAAUCCUCCCGUGCCUGUGUUUGUGUUCGAGGGAUCGGGCAAAGCCGCAGACCUGCUUGCCUUCUUGCACAAGCAGACCGCUAUGGAUAGACAGCUGGAUGCUGACCUUCAGGAAGACUUCCUGGAUAAGAUUGGAAAAGAGUUUGGAGUGGACAGUAAAGAAGCCUCUGACAUCUUUUAUCUGCUUCUGAAUUGCAUGGAUUACAGGCUGUCGAUCACCAUCUUCGACUCAGAAUCCAAAGACCAACAGACGACAGAUUCGGCCAUUUUGACUUCUAUACUCAAGGGCACCAACGCCAGUCCUGCAGAGCAGCUGGGCAUGGCACUAGCAUGGGACAGACCGGAUAUUGCUAAGGACAAGAUUCUUGUGUAUGGGCAGUACUGGCAGAGAGACUCCCUUGAGCAGUCCAUGCUGGACGCCCUGGUCAUGGACCGCGUGGCGUUUGUCCAGCUGCUCAUCGACAACGGCAUGACCAUGAGCCGGUUCCUCACCGUGGAGCGCCUCGAAGAACUCUUCAACACGCCACAGGCCUCGUCCGACUGUUUUCUCCAUCACCUCGUCGCAGAUGUGAAACAAAGCUCCAUGCCAAGAGGGUACCGUCUCACUCUGGUCGACAUGGGCCUGGUGAUAGAGUACCUGAUUGGAGGAGCGUACCGGAGCAUCUACACGCGCAAGAGUUUCAGAGCGGCCUACAACCUCCUGAAGAUCCAGAACAAAGAGAAAGCCCGGGGUAGCGCUUGCUUCCUGUCCAAACCGAGGCGAGUGCUGACAUCCAACCCCCCCAGAGUCCCACAACGGCCUCACUUCUUCAGAACCGCUCAGCCGUACAAGUGCAAGGGGACAGACCCGUAUCCCGGCAACCAAGAGGCGAUGGCGUCGGCGGCCACGGCCGCCGACGUCACGCGCCUCGUGCACUUCAACUUCAACGACCUGUUUGUGUGGGCGGUGCUGCAGCGCCGCCAGCAGAUGGCGCUGUUCCUGUGGCAGCAUGGCGAGGAGGCGCUGGCCCGCGCCACGGUGGCCUGCAAGAUGUACCGCUCCAUGGCCUCUGAGGCGCGGCAGAGCACCAUGCACGAGACCCUGGCGGACCAGCUGAAGGCCUGCUCACUCGAGUUCGGGCAGCUGUCGGUGGACAUGCUGGACUGCGCCUUCCGGCAGAACGAGCAGAUGGCCAUGAAGCUGCUGACCUCGGAGAUGGACGCCUGGAGCCACUUCACCUGCCUGCAGAUGGCCGUGUCGUCCUGCCACCGGCCCUUCGUCGCUCACUCCUGCACCCAGACGCUGCUCACGGACCUCUGGACCGGCUCGCUCAACAUGAGGAAGAACUCCUCCUUAAGGAUCCUGCUCAGCCUGGUGCUGCCCCCGGCCAUCCGUCUGCUGGAGUUCAAGAGCCAGGCGGAGAUGUGCCACGUCCCCCAGGCCCAGGAGCCCCCACUGUUCGGCCGGGACCCCGGGAGGCCGGGGCCCCCGGACCCCAGGAGGCCGGGGCCCCCGGACCCCCAGAGGGAGAGCCAGGACGUGGAGAGUGCCCAGUCUUGCACUCAGUCGUGCCUGGGCUGCAUGUCUCAGACGUGCUCCGCCCUCACCAACUUCUGUGUCUUCUGGAUCCGGAGGUUCUACGAGUGCUACACUGCUCCUGUGGUCAAGUUCUGGUUGCACACCAUCACCUACUUGCUCUUCCUCAUAAUGUUCUCAUACACCGUCCUGGUGAGGAUGGGCGAUCGCCCCAGCGUUCAGGAGUGGCUGGUCAUCGCCUACAUCCUGUCCACCGCCGUGGAGAAGAUCAGAGAGGUGCUGAUGUCGGAGCCCAGGAAGCUGAGCCAGAAGCUGAAGAUCUGGUUCUCCGAGUACUGGAACGUGUCCGACUUCAUCGCCAUCCUGCUCUUCGUGGCGGGGCUCAUCCUGCGCUGGCAGACGGGCACCUUGCGGGUGGCGGGGCGCAUCAGCUACUGCCUGGACAUCAUCUUCUGGUUCGUCAGGGUGCUGGACCUGCUGGCCGUCAACCAGCACGCCGGGCCCUACCUCACCAUGAUCACCAAGAUGACCAGCAACAUGUUAUCCAUCGUGGUGAUGAUGGCGAUCGUGGUGCUGAGCUUCGGCGUGGCCCGUAAGGCCAUCCUGUCCCCCAACGAGGCCCCUUCCUGGAGGCUAGCCAUGGACGCUGUCUUCCAGCCCUACUGGAUGAUGUUCGGAGAGGUUUACGCCGGAGAGAUAGACGUGUGUGCGGAAAACAACAACGUGUGCCCUCCGGCUGCCUUCCUCACCCCCUUCCUCCAGGCCGUCUAUCUCUUCUUCCAGUACAUCAUCAUGGUCAACAUCCUUAUCGCCUUCUUCAACAACGUGUACUUCGACAUGGCCUCCUCGUCCAAUAUACUGUGGAAGUACAACCGCUACCGCUACAUCAUGACCUAUCAGGACAGGCCGUUCCUCCCUCCUCCCUUCAUCCUUCUCAGUCACCUGGCUCUGUGUGUCAGCGCCCUCUGCAGGUGGCUGAGGGGCGCCACCAAGGGAAGAGUCUCAGGCCUCAAGCUUUACCUCUGCCAAGAGGACCGCAAGAGACUCCACGAGUUUGAGGAGAAAUGUGUCCAUGAGUACUACCACCAGAAGAGCCAAGGUCUCCGCAACAACCAGAUCACACGGAUUAAAAACACAGCGGAGAGGACGGGCGAGAUGUCGGCGGUGGUGGGCGAGGUCUCGCAGCGGGUCGACUCCAUCCAGGACAGCCUGUCGGCCCUGGACGGGCAGCUGGGCCGGCUCCAGGACCUGUCGGCGCUGGCCGUGGACACCCUCAACCUGUUCUCGGCCUGCGACAGCCAGCAGCACCGCGACGCCCGCCUGGCCCCCUUCCGCCCGCAGGCCGCCCCCAGCGCCCCGCCGCGACGGGGGGCGUGCACCAGCACCCCGCCCACCCUGCUGCGGGGAGCCAGCCGGCUGGCCCUGCCCCCGCCCCCCCCCGAGAGCCACGCCACCGACUGGAGGAGCAGGCACCGGAGCCCGGGACACGCGGAGGAGACGUCCGGGAAGGACUCUCCGCCCGCUGCCGAGCGGCCGCCACCGGGAGACGACGGGCUCUCGCCCUGCGGCUCCUCCCCUACGGGGGCCAUCGGCGGCGGCCUGUGUGAGCGGCCCCCGCCCGUCGGCUCCCAGGAGCCGGCGGGCGGCGGCUCACUGCCCCACGCCCCCGCCGCCGCGUCUGGGGGAGACGGGGGGCCGGACCACCGCUCAUGGAGCCAGGGCCCCGCCCCCUAUCCCGGCCAGGACCCCACCGCCAUGGAGGAGGAGGAGGAAGAGGAGGAGGAGGAGGAGGAGAGGGAUCAUAAGGAGGGUCUCCGGCCGGAGAAGACCGACCCCGGCGGCUCCCCCUCCCUCACCAAGAGCUCGCCGGACUCCGCCUCCGGUCGGGACGGCGGCCGACGGCCGCGGCGCCGUCCGCUGCUCUCCAGCCGCUGGGCCACCAUGCGCAGGAAGCCCUCGCGCUGGGCGGGCGUGGCCCGGGAGCGGACCUACGGCCACUACGCCUCGCUGUCCUCCAGCGUGGAGAGCCUGGCCUUCGCCGGGGCGCCCCUGAGCCCGCUGAGGGGCUCCUUCCCCCUCCUGGCCAGACCGCGGAGCGGGGACACGUCCCCCGGCGGGAGGGCCCGACACGUCCGGGCCUCGCUGAAGGGCAGCCGCAGCGAAGAAUGGUCCAAAUCCUCCGACCUGGGGCUCCACUGGGCCAGCAGAGCUAGAGGCAUGAACAAGAAGACCGUCAAAAUCCAGGAGAAUAUGUCUGACCUGCAUAGGAGAAGGAGCCAGAGGAUGAAGGGGCGAUGUUGGUCGGCCACAGCCAGCCUCAGUCAACUCAAUUGUGAGCCCGUGGAAUUCCUCCAGAAACAAGCUUUUCUGCCUCCGGACCACGCGAGUCCCAGUUCCUCCGUUUGGAACAGCUUCGCCCAAUCAGUGAGCCAGCGGCCUUCUUUAACUAGUGGAAUCCUGCCUGAAGCAAAGAACUCCUUAUUACAAUCAACUGAAGAUUUGUAUCCUCACUACUCAGCGAUGGAGAGGAACAACCUGAUGAGGCUGGCACACGACAUCCCCUUCACCCCAGCUCCCCUCAUGGGGGGCGAGGAGGUGAGCGUCUACACCCUGGAGGAGGCCACCUCGUCGGGCCCCCCCGAGGCCUCUGGCUCCUCCUCCUCCUCCUCCUCCCCCUCCUCCUCCUCCUCCGACGACGAGCCCGCCUUCUGCUGGUCGUCCCAGGGUCUGUCGGCCACGCUGCAGACCCUCUACAGCGAGGUGGGCUCCCUGGACGGGGGGCUCUGCCUGGGCACCCGGGUGCUGUGCACCUGGGCGGAGCGGGAGGUGCUGCGCCCCGGGGCGGUGUACGUGGUGAAGGCCUUCCGGCCCGAGGUGGUCCGCGUCUGGCAGAGGCACUUCCACGGCAGCACGCCGCUGCAGCUGUGCCUCAGGGAGAUUCAGCAGCAGGCCGCCGCCCAGAAGAUGAUGGAGGUCUUCAACAAGGUCAAACCCGAGGACAUGCAGCACUCCCCAAGGUUCCUGGACCUGUCCCUGGUCCUGUGGCACUCCACCGGCCAGUGGAUGACCAUCGAGGGGUACAUGCCCGGCAAUUUCAAGAAGUACAACAACAACACGGGCGACGAGAUCGCCCCCUGCAGCUCGCUGGAGGAGACGCUGCUGGCCUUCUCCCACUGGACCUACGAGUACUCCCGCAAGGAGCUGCUGGUGCUGGAUAUACAAGGAGUGGGAGAGAACCUCACCGACCCGUCGGUGGUCAGGGCUGAGGAACAGAGGUUCGGCGCCACAGACGGCGAGAUGAUGUUUGGGCCCGACAACCUGGGAGACGCCGCCAUCAACCGGUUCCUCCUGAAGCACGCCUGCAACGCCAGCUGUCACCGGCUGGGCCUAUCGGCGUUAAGGAGGGGCUCGGACGCGCGGGGGCACGGACCGGAGGAUGGUGACCUCUGACCUGGGAAGUGCAAAAGGUCUUUGGGGGCAACGGAGGCCCGGUUCGGAUGGUGCUUCGCCGCCGAAGUUCCCCGUUGUUGUUAUUGUGCAAUUAUUUUUUUUCAAUUUUUAUAUUCGUAUUCAAAGUUAUAUAUGAAAAGAAAAAAGAAAAAACACUACAGUGUAUGCAUCAUUUGUUAACAUUUUAUGCUUGAGAAUGGAAUAGUGCAAUAAUCCUAAUAUAUAUAUAUCGAGAUUUGUUUAUUUCUUUGUGUAAUAAUAAAAUAGCUCUUUUGCAAGUUCAAAUCUUGUCUUCAAUAU